AUGUAUGACGACUACGAUCAUCGGCCUCGCGACGAGCGAGACUACCACAGACGUAGAUCGCCCGCUCCUAGGGACCACCACUAUCGUUCGCGGCAUGGAAAAGAAUCCUCUAGAUCGCCUAGAAGGACGCCUCCAAAGGGACCAAGAGGGGAGGAAUCCUACCGUACCCGGCGUUCUCCUGUCGGACGAAGACACAAUUCACCUCAUCGACGAGAUACCUCUCCUGAAUAUCGUAAUAAUUACUUGGGCCGCGCUGUGAAAGAUGGCGGCGAGCCCUACGACCGCGAACCCGAAUAUUCGCCCCCGUACGACCAUGGUCGGGGUCGACACUACACAGAUCACGACGAUCCCCGAGGACGUUAUAGUCGAAGUCCCCGGCGCGCCAACUCAGGUGGUUCCUCACCUUUUGAUUCUGGUGAUGAUAGUUACUACCACGAUAACCGCCGGCCUAGAUCAGGACGACCCUACCAUACCCUGAAGUUGGAUAAUAUCCCUGACGGGAUGAGCACACAAGAGAUUGAUUCUACCAUGCGGGACAUGGGAGCUACCGGCCUUAUUGAAAUCCGUAUCAAGUCAGAUGAUAGAAGCGGCAAUCGUCGGUUGUACGCAUUUGCUGAAUUUAGGUCCGAAGACGAUGCUAUCGGCUUCUACGAGAGAAACUACCCUGCUCUUGACAUCGCUAACCCUCACGGUUCCUCUAUUCGUAUACCUAUAGAAUAUAGUCGAGAACGGCGGCAUAUCGCAAAUCCGGACGAUUGGAAAUGCACAAUGUGUCAUUUCGAGAACUUUUCCCGCCGAGCAACUUGUAAGCAAUGCAAAGCACCUAGGACAUCGGAGAAUACCGCAGAUAUGAAGCUCGAUGGUAAAAGUGAUGAAUGUCCACAACAAACACCAUCCCAGUUCAUCGUCAUUCGCGAAUUAGCUUCUUCUGUUACCGAGACUACUUUGGCCAAUGACAUUAAGAAGCUCUAUGUAACUAAGGAUGAAGAGCCUAAACAAUCAUCCAGCGCCCCUAACAAACUCAGGAGUACAGCUCCAAUUGGCAAUACUAGCGGGUUAGGUGCCAAGCCUGGCUCGCUGGUGCGCGUCUUUAUGAUACGGGACAAAUACUUGGAUAUCAGUUGUAAUUAUGGGUUUGCCGAAUUCUCAACCCUAGACGAUGCUCGAGCCGCUAUGGCCAAGUACAAUGCUUCCCCUCAGUUUACGAUUGCCUCAAAGCCUGCUUCUAUUGCAUUCAUCCAUUCCGGCGUCUUUAUACCCGUGCUACACCCGAUACAAGGCGAGGAUCGUAAGUUCACUUUUGCGGCAACCCAUAACCAAUCUCUAAGAUUGGUAUAUUGGAACCCAUCAGUGUAUGCUAACGAGCUUACCAUAUUCAACGAAACUUUAUAUGAGGACAAGCCGUCUAGCAUAGAGCAACUCAAGGACGACGCUGAUCGAGCACCGGGCAAAGACUCGAAGAAGAGAAAAGCAGAGAAGGAUCUUGCCGCGCCCAAUGGAAAGAAGGUCAUCGCAAUGGCUCCUCAACUACAGAUGUGGGCAAACAAGCAUGCCGAGCUUCACGGGCCGAAGGAGUCGAGCAAUGGUGCGGAGCCUGUCGAAGUUAAAGCACCCGUGACUGGUUCUAAUGCCAUUGGUCCUGUAAUUCUGAGCACUCCGGCCCCAACACGAACGGCCUUUGUGUCGUAUGCUGAUAUUGAUCAAAUGUGUUGUCUGCUCUGUAGACGGAAGUUCAAGAACGAACCUUCGCUCCGCCGACAUGAGCAAAUGAGCGACAUGCAUAAAGCUAAUCUCGACAAUGAUACAGCAAUUACCAAGGCAACUGCAGAUUUGAAGGCGCUCGGUAAAGAGCCAGUAUCUAGCUACCGGGAUCGAGCUAAGGAGCGGCGAAUGGCGCACAAUCAGCCUAGCAAACCAAAGCCUCACCUUCCCAGAAAGCAGCCCCAGACAACCAAAGACGCAGGACCAGCUGCGGAAGCAACGCCCGCGAAGCCUACGGUAUCAAAAGGUGCAGGAUUGCUGGCCAAAAUGGGAUGGAGCACCGGCGAAGGUCUCGGAGCUGAAGGGGGUGGGCGAACCGCUAUCAUCGAAACCAUGGCCUAUACUCCCGGGGUGGGUCUUGGAGCCGAGGGCGGCAAGCUUGGGGAUGCUACUGAAGAGGCUGCUCGAGCUACGAAAAAUGACUACUCGGACUUUGUCUCGAAGGCCAAGGACAAGGCCAGAGAGCGCUACGAGAAGAUGAAUUAG